CGCCGGGAUGAGCCACCACCGCCUCCGCUGCCCCUCUAGCUUCUGGUUUCUCUGCUGCGGAAUCUCAGGAAAUCAAAGCGGGCGGGCGGACUUCCUCCAGAACCCGCUCUCCACCUUUCCUUACCCUGGUGGCCGCGCCGCGCGGGAUAUCAAUUACUAAAAAGAACAUUUGUGUUCCGGCCCUCUGCACGCCCCUGGAGUUGACGGUCCGGCUGAUCCACACUCUCGCCGGAGCUUCUUCUGGACGCCCCCGCGGUUUGCCGGCACACGCACCCCCACACACACACUCCAAAAGGUUUCAGUUUAUUUUUUGAGCUGGGAAAAGAACGACCAAGAUAAAAAAAAAAAAAGAGAGAGGGAGGCGGCAGAUGGCAAACGUAGAAUAAAUGUCCAUCUCGUCCUCCGAGCGAAAUCGAGGGAGGGGACUCGCUGGGGGGUGGCAAAGAAGGAGCUGCCCAUUAAAACCAGCUCUGAGAGUCCUGGCGGCGGCGGCGGUGGCGGCGGCGGCGCGGGACGCGUCACAUCCCCUUGACCCUCCAAUCACCUCGGGCUCCCAUUUGAUUGGAAGGCGGCAAAGGCUUUAAUCUCCCCCUCGGUGCAGCUGCUUUUGAAGUGAGUUUCCUCGCCAGAGCCCCGGCUGGACAAGCAGCAGCUCACAUCGUAGAGCGCAGCGCCGGCUCGGGGCCGCGAGAGCGCAGCGCAAGGGCGCAGCCCGAGGCGGACGCCGCUAACCGCUCCGCGCUCCCGCAGUCCCGCCGGCUGCUCCGGCCGGGCCACCGUUCCACUGCAGGCCACCCAGGAUUAUUCGCCCCUGGCUCUAGGCGCCAAGAAGGCGUACUGGGCGCCUGAGGCCGCCGCGCCAGCUCCUCCUCCUGCUGCUGCUGCUCCUGCUCCCCGGGCGAGCGCGCAGCCCCGAGCCCGCCCCGCGCCUCCGGGAGCCCUCCCCCCGCUGCUCCCAUGCGUGCGGGUGGGUCAUGAGCACAGCGCCCUCGCUUUCUGCCCUAAGAAGCAGUAAGCACAGCGGCGGCGGCGGAGGCGGCAGUGCGGACCCUGCCUGGACCAGCGCUCUCUCUGGAAAUAGCUCCGGCCCCGGCCCAGGCUCGUCCCCGGCCGGCAGCACCAAGCCUUUUGUGCACGCCGUGCCCCCCUCUGACCCCCUGCGCCAGGCCAACCGCCUGCCCAUCAAGGUGCUGAAGAUGCUGACGGCACGGACUGGCCACAUUUUGCACCCCGAGUACCUGCAGCCCCUGCCUUCCACUCCCGUCAGCCCCAUCGAGCUUGAUGCCAAGAAGAGCCCGCUGGCACUGUUGGCGCAAACAUGUUCACAGAUCGGGAAGCCGGACCCCUCGCCCUCUUCCAAACUCUCUUCAGUUGCCUCCAAUGGGGGCGGCGCGGGUGGUGCAGGCGGCGGCGCCGGGGGCGACAAGGAUACCAAGUCGGGCCCCCUGAAGCUGAGCGACAUCGGCGUGGAGGACUGUUCGCCCGGCGGCAUGCUGCCCUCGGCCGGGGGCGGCCCGGAGGGCAAGGACGACAAGAAAGACGCUGACGCGGGCGGUGGCGGCAGCAGCAAGGGUGCCGGAGGCGCCUCGGCGGAAGGGGGACCCACCGGGCUGGCGCACGGCCGGAUUAGCUGCAGCGGCGGAAUUAAUGUGGACGUCAACCAACACCCGGAUGGGGGUCCCGGAGGCAAGCCCCUAGGCUCUGACUGCGGCGGCUCCUCGGGCUCCAGCUCUGGCUCGGGCCCCAGCGCACCCACCUCCUCCUCGGUGCUGGGCUCUGGGCUGGUGGCUCCGGUGUCUCCCUACAAGCCAGGCCAGACAGUGUUCCCUUUGCCUCCCGCGGGCAUGACCUACCCAGGCAGCCUGGCCGGGGCCUACGCCGGCUACCCUCCCCAGUUCCUGCCACACGGCGUGGCACUGGACCCCACCAAGCCCGGCAGCCUGGUGGGGGCACAGCUGGCUGCGGCAGCGGCCGGCUCUCUGGGCUGCAGUAAACCGGCCGGCUCGAGCCCUUUGGCCGGGGCGUCGCCACCGUCUGUGAUGACAGCCAGUUUGUGCCGGGACCCGUACUGCCUCAGUUACCACUGCGCCAGUCACCUGGCAGGGGCAGCAGCCGCCAGCGCCUCUUGCGCUCACGAUCCCGCCGCUGCGGCCGCAGCGCUCAAAUCCGGAUACCCACUGGUGUACCCCACGCACCCACUGCACGGCGUGCAUUCCUCGCUAACGGCCGCUGCCGCUGCGGGCGCCACACCGCCUUCCCUGGCUGGCCACCCCCUCUACCCUUAUGGCUUCAUGCUCCCUAACGACCCUCUCCCCCACAUCUGCAACUGGGUGUCGGCCAACGGGCCGUGCGACAAGCGCUUUGCCACGUCCGAAGAGCUGCUGAGCCACUUGCGGACCCAUACGGCCUUCCCUGGGACAGACAAACUGCUGUCGGGCUACCCCAGCUCGUCCUCUCUGGCCAGCGCCGCGGCGGCAGCCAUGGCUUGCCACAUGCACAUCCCCACGUCCGGCGCCCCAGGCAGCCCGGGGACGCUGGCGCUGCGCAGCCCCCAUCACGCGCUGGGACUCAGCAGCCGCUACCACCCCUACUCCAAGAGCCCGCUCCCCACACCCGGCGCCCCGGUGCCGGUGCCCGCCGCCACCGGACCCUACUACUCUCCCUACGCCCUCUACGGACAGAGACUGACUACCGCCUCCGCACUGGGGUAUCAGUGAGGGCUGCCGGGAGGGUUACCGAGCGAAAGGAACUGGGGGAGGGGAGGAGCCCAGGGAGGGGCGAGAUCCCGGCGGAGGCUGUUGACACCCGCGAGUGGGGAAGACCCACGCUACCGAAGGAAAUAUAUAUAUAUAUACCGUAUGUACCUAUCUACCCAUCAACAGCGAACGAGACCCGGUGGGAAACUCCCCUUUCCCCUACUUCUCACCUCCCCCACCCAAACUUUAUAAAAGUUGAAAAAAAUAUCAUUUGACUUUUUAUAAAAAAAAAAAGGAAGGAAAAAAUAAUUGAGAAGGUGUUCAUCUGAGGACUUCAUCGGUGGACACUGGUAUUUAUUUAUGUUAGCUCCAAGCGGACCCGUGGUUCAAAAGUGCAUUAUUUAGUUUGAGCUCCGUAGGUAAAAAGGAGGAGGGAAACUUUUUUUUUUUUUUAACUUGAGGGUAAAAAUGUGGAAAACAAACCCUCCCAUCCCUUGUAGAUUAUAAAUAAAAACAAAACCGCCACAGAACUAGAGGUCUUCUCUUUAAUGUUACUUUAAAAUUGCUCUGAUUGUAUCGUACGUUCUUAUUUAAUGUCUGACUGAAACACAAAUUUACAUGCAUGUUUGUUACAAAAAUGAAAAAGACAAAACAAGUCACAAUUUGUCAGUUCUAAUUUCAAAUUGCAAUUAUUUUUAAGGUGUAUACCAUCAAAAGAGAAUGGGUAUUUUUUUGUAUGUAUUCUGGAAGAAAACAAAAAAAAAAGGAAAAACAAUUCUAUUCCAAAACCUCAUUUGCCUUAUUUUGUUCUUUAAAAGGAACACUUAACUAUUUUUAAUUUUUAAGUCCACCCGCUGAGAAGGGGACAAGGUUUACGUCAUGUACUAAAAUAAUAGACAAUGUAUCGCUUUAAAGAUUAAAUUCCGUAUAUUUGAUGUAUUAAAA